UCCACACCAACUGACAAAAUAAUGUAAGAGACUUGGAAGGAUCCUUUCUUUUCUUUAAAGCAAUCUGCUUAUUUUUCUCAGUCAUCUGCAUUUCCAAAUUACUUAAAAGCUUCAGGAAAAAAACAAUUUUUUGAAUGGCUUCCACUAGAGGCAUGGAUGACCCUGAACCACAAAAAAGCUAUUGGAGAUGGAGCAAACAAGAUUUCUUGCCAGAGGAGUCUUUUCAAAGCUGGAACAACUAUGUUUCUGCUCUUUCACAAACAUGGAUUAGGUUCAAGGAUCGUCUUCUGAGUAGAUCAGAUGAUGCCACUGAGACAGUGGAACUCAGGAAACAAAGUGAGAAUGAAAUGAAACGUUGCCUCAACUGGUGGGACCUCAUCUGGUUGGGAUUUGGUGCAGUGAUUGGAGCAGGAAUCUUUGUGCUCACUGGUCAAGAAGCACAUAACCAUGCUGGAGCAGCUAUUGUCUUAUCCUAUGUUGCUUCAGGCUUUUCAGCAAUGCUUUCUGUUUUCUGCUACACAGAAUUUGCUGUAGAAGUCCCAGCUGCAGGUGGAUCAUUUGCUUAUCUAAGAAUUGAGUUAGGAGACUUUGCUGCUUUCAUAACAGCUGGGAACAUAUUUCUUGAAUGCAUUCUUGGGAAUGCUGCAGUGGCCAGAUCAUGGACUUCUUACUUCACAAACCUUUUGAAUCUUCCCAAGAAUUCACUACUCAUCAAGACAGAUCUCAAAGAUGGAUACAACUUGCUGGAUCCUAUAGCUGUUGGGGUUUUGGCAAUUGCUGCAACAAUUGCAAUGAUCAGCACAAGAAAAACCUCAACUCUCAAUUGGAUAGCAUCUGCAAUCAACACAACUGUAAUUUUAUUUGUGAUUAUUGCAGGGUUUGCUCAUGCCAAUACAUCAAAUUUGACACCAUUUUUACCUCAUGGGGCUCAGGGUGUGUUUCAAGCUGCAGCAAUUCUUUAUUUUGCAUAUGGUGGAUUUGAUAGUAUUGCAACCAUGGCUGAAGAAACCAAAAAGCCAUCAAGGGACAUACCAAUAGGCUUGAUUGGAUCAAUGUCCAUAAUCACAGUGAUAUAUUGCUUGAUGGCACUCUCAUUGAGCAUGAUGCAGAAAUACACAGACAUAGAUACAGAUGCAGCUUUUUCAGUUGCAUUUGAGAAAGUAGGAAUGAAGUGGGCAAAGUAUGUAGUAGCUUUUGGUGCACUGAAGGGGAUGACCACAGUUCUUCUGGUAGGAAGUUUGGGACAGGCACGUUAUAUUACUCACAUUGCACGUUCCCACAUGCUCCCCCCAUGGUUUGCUCUUGUUCACCCUAAGACAGGAACCCCUAUAAAUGCAACACUCUUGAUUACCAUUCCAAGUGCUUGCAUAGCUUUUUUCUCAAGCUUGGAUGUGUUAUCAAGCUUGAUAUCAGUAAGCACACUCUUUGUCUUCAUGAUGAUAUCUGUUGCCCUUCUGGUAAGAAGGUACUAUGUCUCAGGAGUCACAUCAAGAGAGAACUUGUUAAAGCUAGUUGUCUUGUUGUUGCUCAUUAUUGGUUCCUCAAUGGGAAUUUCAGCUUACUGGGGGCUGAGGCCUAAUGGUUGGCUUGGAUACACCAUAGCAGUUCCUGUUUGGUUCUUGGCCACUCUAGGGAUGUCACUAUUUUUGACUCAGCAAAGGAUGCCAAGAGUUUGGGGAGUUCCACUUGUUCCUUGGUUGCCAUCUUUGUCAAUUGCAACAAAUAUCUUCCUUAUGGGAUCUUUGGGUUCUGAAGCCUUCAUAAGAUUUGGAGUAUGCACAGUAAUAAUGCUGAUCUACUAUUUUUUCUUUGGCCUCCAUGCUACUUAUGAUAUGGCUCAUCAACAAGAAAAGCUGCAACCCAUUAAAGUUAACCACACAGAGACCAUCAAGAAUGAAGGGCCUUAGACACUAUUGUGCUACAAUUAGCAAUGAACAAAUAUGCAGAUGUAACUGAAAAUAAAUUAAGGUUUGAUGGAAAGGGUUGCUAUUAUCAAUAUUGAGCUUCAUGCAUGAUUAACCUUGCUUAGAAUUGUUCUUCCUGCAUCAUAAACAAAUUGUUGCUACUUGAUAUUGAUACCAAAAAUGUCACAGCCUACAACUAGAAACAAAUUGGAAAGCUAGUAUUUUUUAUUUUUUUUUGGUAUAAGAAAGAUAGUAUUUUC